AUGGAUGUCGCUUGGCCCAGCUACCUAUGCGGGGCUAUCAAUUUACUUGGGAAAGGGUACCACACACUGGAUGGGAGAGUGCAUGGGCUAGUCGAUUGUUUACAGCUUUGCGGAGAGAGACUAAAGAGGUGGGGUGGAGAUCACUUUCAUAGGUUCGGAGAACGAAUCAGAAAGCUACGCAAAACCCAGCAGUCUUUACGUGGCCAUAGGGACCCUGCUUCUCUGUAUGCCUCGGCCCGCAAAAAGAAGAAUUGUUUGCACAGGCUAAAGAACGAUGCAGGAGAUUGGGUUGAGGGCGAGGCUAUGAAGCCGGUGGCUGAUAAUGAUGAUUUACUGCGCCCGUUUGACACUCAUGAGGUAAAGGCAGCUCUGUUCUCAAUGUUCCCUGACAAAGCUCCCAGACCGGAUGGGAUGAAUCCGGGGUUUUUUCAGCAUUAUUGGGAUGUGGUUGGUAUGGAUGUAUCUGACUUUAUUCUAAAUUGCCUUAAUACGUGCUCCUUUCCGGCUGGUUUGAAUGAUACUAAUGUUGUUUUGAUCCCCAAAAAAAGUAUUCCAGAGUGUGUGUCUGAUCUCAGGCCUAUAGCUCUGUGUAAUGUUGUCUAUAAGGUCAUGGCCAAGAUGUUAGCAAAUAGAAUGAAGCAUCUGCUUGAUGGCAUGAUUUCAGAAUCCCAGAGCGCUUUCAUCCCAGGGAGGCUUAUUACAGAUAAUAUUCUUGUAGCGGCUGAGGUGGGGCAUUUUCUGAACAGGAAACAGUGUGGUAGGAUUGGUUGGGGGGCCCUGAAACUGGAUAUGGCAAAGGCCUACGAUCGUAUGGAGUGGACUUUUCUGAAGCGUAUGUUACAGUCCCUGGGCUUUGUUGUGAGGUGGAUUAAUCUGGUAAUGCUCUGUGUUACCACUUUCUCUUACAAUUUCUUGAUUAAUGGAGUCAGUGGUGGACAGGCAAAUGCUCAGGAAGCUGAGGCAGUGAGACAUUGCUUGGAUCUAUAUGAGGAGAUGUCUGUUCAGGCUGUGAAUUAUCAUAAAUCAAGUGUCUGUUUUAGCAGGAACACACACGUGGAGAUUCGAGACGAGGUGGUUGGGGUUCUUGGGGUUACUCAAGCUCCAAACUUUGGAAAGUACUUGGGUUUGCCUGCUUUUGUGGGAAGAAAUAAACGAGCUGCUUUCUCAUAUAUUGAAGACAAGAUCAAACAGAGAAUCUGUUCUUGGAACAAAAAGUUGUUAUCACAGGCUGAUAAGGAGGUUUUGUUGAAAAGUGUGGCCCAGAAAGGGGGUUACACUGGAAAGCUUGAGAUCGUUUAUGUGUGCCUAAAACCUGUGGUGGCUUGGGUUUCAAGGAGCUCCGUGCCUUUAAUUUGGCAAUGUUGGGAAAACAGGCUUGGCGUUUCUUGA